AUGAUAAUAUUCAAGAAAAAGAGGGUUCCAAAGGAUAACUUCCCUCCUGAAGUGAUUGUGCGUGCCAACGAAAGAGGCUGGAUGAAUCACGAACUGAUGAAGACAUGGCUCCUCGAGGUGUGGAACAAAAGGAAACGCUAUGUCAACGAUCCCUUCCAGUCAUUGCUGAUAUUGGAUUCUGCAAGGUGCCAUCUCACAGAAGACGUCCGAGAGCUUUUCAAGGAGCACUCAAAGAUCGCGGUCAUUCCAGGCGGAAUGACCAAAUAUCUACAGCCUCUCGACGUCGGCAUCAGCAAGCCCUUCAAAGACAAUCUGAGGGCGGGAUGGGAGCGAUGGAUGGCCGAUUCAGCACGAGACACAACAGGCGGCGCCAGGAAAAGGAUGACCUACGGCGAAGUAGCAGCACUAGUCUACGAGAGUUUCAAUGCGAUUACUGAAGAGACCAUUGCGAACAGUUUUACCAGGGCUCUCGAUGACGAAUCAUUGAUCAAUGCCAUGAAAGAGGAUUUCGACGCUUUGGUUGUUGCUGAUGAUAACGCUGAUGAUGAUCGUUCUUUUGAUUUUGAUGAUGAUGAACAUGGAAUGCUACCUGUAUAA